AUGGCUCUGGAAGCGGAGACGGUGCUACGGCCGCUGUUCUUGGCAGCGGGCAGCGGCGGCGACGGGGAGGUGUCGGGCACCCCGGUGUUCCUUGCCACGGAGAAGGACCGGCCGGUGGACCCGAUGAUCUGGGGCGACGAGAAGCGGAUGAAGCGGGAGCUCCUGGUGUGGGCCAAGGCCGUGGCGUCCAUGGCGGCCAGCAGCAACACCUCGUCGUCGUCGUCCUCGCCGUCGCGAUCCACGAGGCGCAGGGGAUGA